AUGGCCUCGACGACCUCGAUGCCGAGUGCUGCCGUUCCCGAUCAGGCCGAUGCCGCCAAUGAGGCAACCACCCUCACCGCUUUGGCGACCAAAGGUGAGUGCUCCACCCGUCGUUCUCCCAGGCAGCUGAUCCGAGAUGGACUGAUUUUGUGCUCGCCGUGCCCAUACAGCCGGACCUGAAGAAUCGCUGAGAUCGUACGCAAUGCUGCAAGCCUUGCGAGCAGGUAGGUCAUUGUCGCUCGACUUCGGGCCGGCUCCUUCUUGGCUGCACCAUCGACCGAGCCUCUCGGGGUGGUAUUCGUUGCCGCACGCCGUUGAUUGACGAUGACAGCUGACCCGAUGACCCGCCUUCGAUGGCAAUCUACCCUCCCAGGUGACGUCGACGCAUUGGCUCCAUUGCUCGCUCAGCAUGCCGAGGCGCGCAAGAAGCAACGCCGGGAAGCGGAAAUUGAGGUCGAGAUCAACUCGCCCUUGCACAUGGCGGUGCGGUGCGCAAAAUGUACAUACGAUCAUCACUUGCCUGAAGCAAUCAUGGAAGAAGCGGUUGCUGAUCCCGUUUGCCCUUUGAGCAGACCCGGUCGUCGAAGCGGUGCUCAAGCAGGUGCCCGGCUGCCUCAACGCCCAGGAUCCACGCGGCCAAACCCCGCUGCACGUUGCCGCUUCUCUGAACAGGACGGACGUUGUGGCGCUGUUGCUGCUCGAUGACAAGAUCGACGAUGCUGUCAAGGACUGUCAGGGCAAGACGGCCCUCGAAUCCGCAAGCAGCGCCGACACGGCUAAGCUCAUUUCAGGUGAGUCCUCGUUCGGCCAGGCGGAAGGUGCUACCCUGGUACAGAGGGUCCGAAUCGCCUGGAUCUCAGCGACUGAUCCGGGAUGCUCGUCGCGUGUAGUCUCCCGUUCGCACUACACAGAAAAAUACCUUGCCUUGCUUGCCGCCUACAUCGCCUCCGCUGGUGGCGAAACAUCGACGUCGUCGGGACACCGACACACCCCUUCCCUUGCAUCGAUCCGGCCAGGCAAAUCCGAAGCGACGGGCGAGGUUUCAGCCGCCUCGGGCCAUGUCAGCAAUGCCACUGCCGAGGCCGUCUACCAUUUUCUUCAGCAGCCCCGGUCGACGGGCAUCGAUUACUCGCUCAAGGACCACGCUACGGGCACGACUUUGCUCCACGAAGCGACGAGACGCAAAGAUCUCGGUCUCAUCAAGCUCGCGAUUUCGAAGGGGGCCGACGUGCUCGCUCGUGACGGCAAAGGCAAGAUCCCUUUGGACGUCGCCAGGGACGAGAGGAUUAAGUCCUACCUGAAGCAAGCUGCGAUCACCGAGGGCCGAGCACUCAAAGCUUCGUCGUCGCACCUCUCGUCGUCCACCAGCGGUGCACCCUUACUAGCGGGCGAGACCCCCUCAAUGCGGGGCUACCUCAGCAAAUGGACCAACAUGGCUCGGGGAUAUCGCUCGAGGUGGUUCGUGCUCUCCAACGGCGUGCUCUCGUACUACCGCUCGCAAGAGGACGAAGGCAAGGCUUCGCGAGGUUCGAUUAACAUGGGCGUGGCGCAGAUCGUGACAUCGGCGUCCGACAAGCUCAAGUUCGAGGUCAAUAACAAGCUCGGUAAAAGCUUCCCAUCAUUCUUCCUCAAGGGCAGCCACCCAGUCGAGGUCAUGCGCUGGGUCGACGCCCUCAAGCAAAACGUCGCCUAUGCCAAAGAGCUCAGCAACACGGUCAGCCAGACGCCUUCUCGUGCGCCUUCGAUCGCUCCUUCGGUGGGUGGAGGGAGCCUCGAGAGGCGGAUUUCGACUCUAGACCCGGACGGCACCGGCAUGGAUUCGCAAGGCCGAAAUUUGAACGACCGCGAUGGAUCGAUACUCGAUGAUGAAACGUUCAAUGACGACAACGAUGCUGUUCCGCACGCCGAUGACUUUGAAUUGCUCGCCCAGGGAACUCGCACGCAGGUGGAGUUGACCCGACAGCUCGUCGAGACUUUGCGCGUGGCUGAGGCGGAUCCUGCGAACGCAAACGUCGUGUUCGACGAGGUCAGAAAGGCAAUCGUGGGCUCGCUGGGAACCCUCGAGUCUGCUUUGGACGAGUACAUCGAUGUCGUCAACCUGCGCGAGCGCUUCUUCGUUCGCAAGUACGAACGCGAGAUCGAUGCCAAACGAAUGUGGGAGGAGAACAUGAAGGAGCUCGCCGCUCAACACGCCGCUAUCGAGGCCGAAUUGCAAAAGACGUCUCGAGACAGCACGCGACGAAAGCGCGCGCUGCAAGAGGUUCGGGCGAACCUGCUGUCGUCACCCCCAAUGAGUCCGAUCGCCGGCACGCCUAUCGACACGAAUCCGGGUUCAAAGGCGCUGCAAGUCGACACCCAAAGUCUGGCGACGGCGACGGCGGUAAAUGCUGCCGCAAUGAGUAGUCCUCGGAGCGCUCGUGGCCGGUCAACCACCAUGCACACACUCAAGCCGCAAGAGCUCGAAGACCUCGUUGAUUCGGCGCUCGCUGGCGAAGCGGGCGAGGACGACUCGGCACUCUCGGACGAUUCUGACGAGUUCUUUGAGGCGGUCGAGUCGGGUCAGAUUCCCGUCGACAACGAUGACGAUGACAAAUCCGCGCCCACAGCACCUGAGGCCGAGGCGUUGAGUGCCAAGUUUGACACCGCUCCCUUCGAAGGCUACCGCAACUUGCGCCAGCGACUGCCCAUCACCACCGACAAUCGGCCGCCCGUAUCACUCUGGGCCAUUCUCAAAGGCUCCAUUGGCAAGGAUCUGACCAAGAUCUCGUUCCCCGUCUUCUUCAACGAGCCGACGUCGAUGCUGCAGCGCAUGGCCGAGGACGUCGAAUUUUCCGACGUGCUCGAUCAUGCCGCGGCGCAAGAGGACGCCACCAGGCGCAUUGCUUUCGUCGCGGCCUUUGCGAUGUCGAACUACUCGUCCACGAUCGGCCGCAUUGCAAAACCGUUCAACCCGAUGCUGGGCGAGACCUUUGAAUUUGCGGAUCUGUCGAAGAAGUACCGCUACAUUUCGGAGCAGGUGUCGCACCAUCCCCCAAUCAGCGCGUGCAUCGCCCAAUCCGCGACGUGGGACUAUUAUGGAGAAGGUGCGCCUUUCUGUCUCUCUUUCGCGAGGUCAUCUGCCUCGGAACAUGCAUUUGAACUGAUCUUCGAUUUUAUUGCCUUUCCUAGUUGAUGCCAAAAGCAAAUUUAUGGGCAAGAGUUUCGAGAUCCGCCCGACUGGUAUUGCUCAUGCCAAACUAAAGAUACCAGCGGCAUGGGGGCCGAACUACCCGGCAUCCACCACGCCAGGACUCGUCGAAGAGCACUACAGCUGGACCAAAGUUACGACGUCGGUCAGCAACUUCUUGCUCGGCAAUCCUAUUAUUGAUCACUUCGGCGACAUGAUAAUCACCAACCACCGAACGGGCCAUCUGUGCAAGUUGACGUUUAAGCCGCGAGGAUGGCGCAGCUCGGGCGCGGCUGAAGUUAAGGGCAAGGUCAUGGACAAGGAUGGCAAGGAAUUUUGGGACCUUGCCGGCAAGUGGUCUAGCCAGCUGGUAGCUCGUCGUGUAGGCGCCGGCUCGGGUGAUCUUGCGCCCGACGCAGCUGUGCCGACAAACAAGGAUGGCGACGUCUCUCCCGAAUACAUUCGCCUGUGGAAGAACUCCGAGAAGCCGAACCCACCCUUACCGUUCAACCUGACCCCGUGGGCGGUGCAACUCAACGACGACAACGCCGGAUUGCGCAAGUGGCUCCCGCCGACCGACUGCCGCCUUCGUCCCGACCAACACGCGUUCGAGAAUGGCAAGUUCGAGCGGGCCAACGAUCUCAAAUCUGAACUGGAGGACCAUCAACGCGCCACGCGCCGCAAGCGUGAGCAAGGUCAAUGGCCACCGCACGCAGCGCGUUGGUUCCGACGAACUAAGGACAAGGACACCGGGGAGUCGUUUUGGGAGCCCGUCAAGACAAGUGACGGGAUGGUCGAGUAUUGGGAAGAGAGAACCCGCGUCGGCAAGGCCAAGGAAAGGGGAGAAGAGACCGAGUGGAAGGGAGUCGAGCCAAUUUUUGCAGACUUCCAGGUGUGA